AAAAAACGUCAGUAUUACUUUGGGACUGUCAAAACUGUAUAAAACUUUCUCUAAAACUGACUUGAAUAAAUUAACUAAUCACUAAUUGAAUAAUUUGCGAAACAACAAACUAAUACAUUGUUAUGGGGAAUUUGCAUUGUUCACCAAGAAAAGAGGAGGAAUAUCUUUAUCUUUAUCAAAUUGCUACAGCAAUAGGAAUAAUAAUUAUGAUUUUAUUAUUUAUAUGGCUAAUGUUAUUUAGAGGUGGUUUCGGAUUAGUCAAUCCAGAUCUGAUAUUCAACUGGCAUCCACUUUUAAUGGUAAUAGGAAUGGUGUUUAUAUUUUCCCAUGCAAUUCUCUUGUAUAGAACUGGAAGACAUUGCUGUAAGUCAUCAAUGAAAUUGACACAUGGAAUAUUUCAUUCACUGACAAUACUGUUAAUAUCUCUGGGAUUAGCAGCUGCUUUUAGUAACCACAUUAUGAAGAAAAUUCCUAAUAUGUACACUUUGCACUCAUGGAUUGGCAUGAUGGCCAUAAUUAUUUUCAUUACAAAUUUUAUUUUUGCACUUGGUUGUAUGGGUUGUCCUGGAACUACGCAAAAAAUAAGAGACAUCGGUUGUCCAGUUCAUAUUCAAAUUGGAAUAGUAUGUUUUCUAGUAGCAAUUGUGGCUGCAGUUCUUGGGGUUGCAGAGAAGACAAUUUUUGGUGUUAAAAAUUACAAAGACAUGCCAGGAGAAGGAGUUAUUUGCAAUUUAAUAGGUCUUUUAAUGGUUAUUUAUGGUAUUUUAAUUCUAUGUUUGGUUACGGAUGCAAGUUACAAAAGACAAGAUAAAAGAUGUGCCACACCAUGCCCUCCAUCUAGACCACCUCUUCCGCCGACCCAAUAUUAUUACGGUCCUCAAAUGCCACAGAUGUCAGAACAACAACAACAGAUUAAAUGGUGGAACAACUGAUUUUCUCAAAAAAACAUUUUUAGAAAAAUCAUAGAGGUAUUCAAUGACGUUUGUUUUUAGAAAAGUUUAACGUGAUAUUGACAUCCUCUAUCAGUUUAUUAAUUAAUCUAGUACGAGGUUAAUCCUAUGUAAAUAGUACUUGUAGAAUACGUUUAUUGUUGACGAAUUUAAAUUAAUAUUUUAGUGGUGAAGAACUUUACUAAAAAUGGUAUAUAUCUUAUAUUGGAUUAUCCAAAAACUAUUGUUAAUUA